GUUUCUACUGUACUGUUUCUAGAAUUCUGCUCCUGCUUUCUAGGUGACGUUUUGGUGGUAUGGUUUGAUCGUUUGAUUGUUUUGGACGCUGUUUUGAAAAAUCUGAUAGUUUUAGCUAGUCAUUUAUUAUGGCAGGAGAAGUUGUGGUUGAUGCACUUCCUUACAUCGAUCAAGGUUAUGAUGAACCUGGAGUCCGUGAAGCUGCAUUAGCAAUGGUUGAGGAAGAAACUAGAAGGUAUCGUCCUACAAAAAACUAUCUGGAACAUCUUCCACCUCUCAACCUGAAUGCUUUUGAGACAGAAUUGUUGCGAAACGAGUUUGAGAGAAUGCAGCAACGCCUGCCCAUGGACACCUUAAGCAUGAAGAGGUACGAGCUACCACCUCCGGCAGGCAAGAUGACUGACAUUGCUGCGUGGAAUGAGUGUGUAGAGAACUCCAUGGCUCAGCUGGAACACCAAGCUACGAG